AUUUACCUCGUCAAUUGUAUACACUCUGUUCGCAUGAGUUUCCCCUACUUAUCGAUAUGUAAAUAUUAUGGAACUGGAGUUCGCUUGGCGCGUAACAUUACUUGUACAGAAAGAUUAGUCGUUCACAAAAUAUUAUUUGAGAAUGAUGGAGCCAAGUGGUUUAUACAGUGUCAGAGUGAAAAAAGAGCCUUGUGAAGAGUCUUUCAAUGAGAUUGAUUAUGAAGUAAUUGACGAGACGCCAGCUGCUAGAGAUUUUCAAUCCUUGAGGCAUCUGCGGGAAAAUUCAACUCAAGCGCUUCGAAAAUGUGACGGAAAUCAAGAAAAUGAAGUUGCCGACCUGCGAAUCGAAUUGGAAUGCAGAGAACAGAAGCCUAUCUUGAAUUUACUAGCAGUCAAGAAAAUGGAGGAUCAUUCUCAAAAUUACUUGCAAGGCAUAAAGUAUUGCUACGAUUAUCAUACUCUUAAUAUGAUUAAAGUAGAAACUGCAGAUGUAGUAAAAAAAGAAUCUUUCGACGAAGAUCCAACAAAUGGACUCAGCGAGCCCAACCAAAACAGAAGAGUUGAAAAAAAGUUAAUCUAUGAAUGCGGAAGCAAAAAACACAUCGACUCGACACAUGAUCGUAUCACCCACACUUGCGAUAUAUGCGGGAAGACAUAUGCCCACAAAAAGUCUCUCAAAGUACACAUCGAUUCAGUGCAUAAUAAAAUCACUCACGCAUGCGAAAUAUGCGGAAAGAAAUUCACGCAAAAGAAGAAUCUCCAAAUACACAUUGAUUCGGUGCAUAAUAACAUUACUCACGCAUGUGAAAUAUGCAAAAAGACAUUCAAACAUAAAGUUAGUCUCAAAAUUCAUGUAGAUAUGCACAAUGGUCAGAAAAAGUACAAAUGUGAUGUAUGCGAAAAGAAAUACCUGACAAAGGGUGAUCUCCAACAACACAUAGAUUCAGUGCAUAAUAAAAUUACUCACGCGUGCGAUAUAUGCAAAAAGAUAUUUACACGUAAGAGUACUCUUCGAGUCCACGUCAAUGCAAUACAUAAUGGUGUGACCUACGGAUGUGAUUUUUGUGAAAAAAGAUACACCAAUCGAUCUGGUUUACAUAAACAUGUCAAAUCGUCACAUAAUAGUAUCGAACAUGCUUGCAAGUUGUGCGGAAAGAUAUUCGGACGAAAAAGAAAUCUCGAAAACCACCUAGGUGUGGCGCAUCGCUCACAUACAACGACCGAAUAAAUUUAUAAAAUGUCUAUGUUAAAUAGAGUCAAAAGCCCUGACGUGUAUGUUUGACACGAUAUUAUGAACUCCAAUAUUAUGUUACUGAAAAUAGCUUGAACUUGAAAGCAUUGUCAAUUUCGAUAAUAAAACAAUACAUAUUUUUGUGGCA